GCCUUUGGGAACGCCAAGACCGCCCACAACAACAACUCCAGCCGCUUUGGAAAAUUCAUCCAGGUGAAUUACCUGGAAAGUGGAGUAGUCAGAGGUGCUGUGGUGGAGAAGUAUCUGCUGGAGAAGUCUCGCCUGGUGUCCAGAGAGAAGAACGAGAGGAACUACCACGUGUUUUACUACCUGCUGUUGGGGGCUUCAGAGGAGGAGAGGAAGGAGUUCAAGCUGCUGCCGCCUGAAGAGUACUUCUACCUCAAGCAGCAAAACUUUAAGAUCGAAGAUGAGGAGGACCUUCGGCACGACUUUGAGCGUCUGCAGCAGGCGAUGGAGAUGGUGGGCUUCCUCCCCGCCACCAAGAAGCAGAUCUUCUCCGUGCUUUCUGCCAUCUUGUAUCUGGGCAACGUGACCUACAGGAGGAAGUCGACGGGGAGAGAUGAGGGUCUGGACGUGGGACCCCCGGAGGUCCUGGCCACGCUCUCUGACCUGCUGAUGGUAACUCACUUGGUGCAGGGUUGGGGAGGAAGUGAUCAUAGCAUCCUUUGUAGCACAGCAGGGGCAAGUGGCAAGCACCUUUAAAUACAAUCAGAUCAA